GACUCGAAACGGUGAACAACACCAGACGUGCUCGAACCAUACGAUAACUUUUUUGAACUUGGUUCAAAAAAAGCCGGUCAGUUCGCGUAUUAAGUGCUCUUCGAAUUUUGUGUCAAAAAAAAAAACAACUUGGACUUUUAUUUCUAUUAAUUUGGAUUUUUUUGUGAGUGUUUCACCAUGCCUGUGACCAUCAUGAACAAGAAUUAUAGAAAUUGCCCGUUGAAAAAACGGCCAUAUCAUCUUAUCGAAGAAGAGGAUAAUGCUUCAAUGUCUUCUUCAUCAGAUGAGCCAGAAAAUUUAAGUACCAAACCCGAAGAUCUCAGCAUUUCAAGGUACUCAAAAUCACCAGAAUCGACAUCGUCAAGGACAUCAAGUCCCCAUUCAAGCCCACCGACAUCGCCAGCUCCAAUUUCACCAUCGAUGCCAUCUCCGCCUCAUUACGUUUAUCCACCAUUAAAGACGGAACCGAUUUAUCCAACACCAAUAAGUCCAGAGUAUGCUCCACAAACGUGGCAUAGAAGUAUAAGUGCGGCCCCAAUGUACCCACCAAGUUAUCCAUUCAUCCCAUAUCAAUAUCAUCACCAUCAUCAUCACGAAUACAUGUCCAUGUCUCCAACUGGUUCCUAUAACAGUGAUUCGUCGUUAUCGCCACCACAUCAUCAACAACCAAUCGCUCCUUUACCAUUAAGACCAAACGUGUACUCGAUCGAUCAAGCUUCCUUAAGUCCAAAUUCAUCAACGACUUCGCCGCCACCAGUUGUCGCUGAAGAUUUAUCUGAAAAACGAAGACAAGGAGUUCGACACCAGUGUCAAGAUUGUGGAAAAAGUUAUUCAACAUUUUCUGGAUUAUCCAAACACCGACAAUAUCAUUGUGCUGCCGGCGAAGGACCGAGAAAGUCCUUCAGUUGUAAGUACUGCGAAAAAGUUUAUUUCUCUUUGGGUGCAUUGAAAAUGCACAUUAGAACGCACACGUUACCAUGUAAAUGUACGAUUUGUGGAAAAGCUUUCUCAAGACCGUGGUUAUUACAAGGACAUAUUAGAACCCACACGGGAGAAAAACCAUUUUCUUGCACUUACUGUAAUAGGGCUUUUGCCGAUAGGUCUAAUUUAAGAGCUCAUUUACAAACCCAUUCUGAUGUGAAAAAAUACUCGUGUCAAACAUGUAGUAAAACGUUUUCGAGAAUGUCCCUUUUAACGAAACACAACGAAAGCGGUUGCAGUGGGACGAUAAUGCAGAUAAAACCGGAAACUAUGUAUUAAAAACGAAAAUUUUUUAAUGUUUUCAAGUUGUUCCUGUAAUUUAUUUUUCUCAUUGCCGAUCAUUUCAUAUUUCACGAUAUUUAUUACUUCUUUUAUAUUUAAAAUAAAAAUUUUUUAUACAAAUGUGCCUUAGAAAAAUAAAAGUAACCGUAAAUUUAUAUCACGUACCUUAUAACCGCAGAGACUGAAAAGCAGUAAUAAAAAACAGAUUGUUCUUUUGGAUUUUGAUAAAAAAAAGAUGUAUUUUGUAAAUAUUUUUUAUAUGAUAAUUGUAAAUAGAAAACAAAAUGAACAAAUUUAAUAUAUUCCAUUCUCGAUUAUUUUUUCUUUCUCAUACUGUUUUGUACAUAGUGAUUAGUUAUCGAAUAAUAGAUUAUCAUUACGACCAUUAUAUCAUUUAUUUUAGCGUUGUAAUUUAAUACUAAGUUGAUGGAGACUUAAAAAAAAUUUCUAUCACCUUUGUAUUCUUUACAUUUUUUUUCUUUUUUUUUGUAAAUAUUUGUGCGUCCUAUUCGGAAAAGGUGAAUGAUUCUGGUCAAUAUUUUUGGAAAUUUUUUUAAAAAAAACGAAACAAUUAUGUACAGACGCACAGAGCGAAAACACAAAUAUUAUAGUAAUAAUAGUUUCUAGUCAACGAAGAAAUGUUUUUCUUCAUAGUUUUUAUACUAUUAUGAUUUAAAAUAUUGCCAUUGUACAGUGCCUUAUAUUAUGGAUGUAGAAUUUUUAUACCAUUUAUGACAUGACAGAUUUUUAUACUAUGAAUAAACAUGUUUUCUAAAAAAAAA